GCGCUACGUGACUCCGACGCCCGAGUUGAUGCCCAGAACAGCGGCGUGGGGUCGAUGCCCGCAGACAGCCCUGUGUUUGACAAGUCUGGACCCUUCGGCCCUCUUGCGCCGGGGAUCUCGUCUAUUCGGGCGCAGCGCAUCUCAGGUCGCUCCAAGAUGUGCAUGUCGCUGCUCGUCGAUAGCAUGCUGUGCGGCGCGAUUCUGAGGGGCGAAGCCUGCAAGGACAACGCGCGCGCGUUCGCCGAUGCCCCGACGCAAUCCGUGCGGCGCGACCUGCACAUGUCCGUGGCCACGGCGUGCCACGACACUUGUACUUGCGAGCUGCUCACUCCGGUGAGGCAGGUGACCUUCUUGGCGCAUAUCGGCAACGGCCAGGUGCAGACCGACUACGCGGACAAGUGCGCCGA